AUGAGAGCAAUAAUCCCCGGUCUGGCUGCCUUGUGCGCACCUGUCGUGCUGGCUAUCCCCCAUGGAGGCAAUCGUCGACACCAACAUGCGAUGCGCCACGAGGGAGCGAUCGACUUCUCGACAGUCACUGAUGUCGUUACCGUCACCGCCAACAAUGCGGUCGUCUGGGUCGAUCAGUACAAUAAUGUGUUGUCCACCGAAUACCGUGAUCACCCAACUCCCACUACCAUCGCAUCAAGUUCCCAAGCGUCUCUGGUGGUCGUCGAAACUGAAUCUCCUCCAUCCCCAGGCCCAGCCCAAGCUUCCAAUUCCCCCUUCGGGGCACAUCCCCAUGCGUCUGAAUCAGCUGCUGCUCCACCAGUUUCCAGCUCCGAGUCUGCGGAACCAGUGCCCGCUGCUCCUUCUUCCGAGAUGGUGAAUUCCUCUCCUCCACCAGUCGCAAGUGUUGUUCAACCUUUGACCACUUCUAACACUGCCCCCGCUGAGAAAAGCAUGGCCGCAGCGAUGGAAAAUGGAAACUCGUACAAAGGCGUCAAAGGUGGAGCCAACGCUGGAGCCAAUGCUGCUGGUGGUGGUUAUGGUAUCUGCUAUGAACUCAUUGGCAGCAAUGGUUGCAAGGACCAGGGCACCAUGGACUCCGAGUUUGGUUUUUUGGCCAGUCAAGGGUACUCCAAAAUCCGUUUCUAUGACAUUGGCUGUGACCUUAGUGUGGCCACAGCUGCUGCUGCCGCCCAAGGGCUGCAAGUUAUGCUAGGUCUUAAUACUAUCGGCAAUGUUGCUGGUGAUUUGGGUACGCUUGUUGGCAUGAUCAACGGAAAUUGGGGACCGGUCGACACUAUUGUCAUUGGCAACGAAGUUGUCAAUUCAGGUGGUGCGGCAGCCGCCGUUGUCACUGCGCUCGACGUGGCUCGUCCGAUCCUGCAGGCUGCUGGGUUCACCAAGAACAUCGUCACUGUGGACACCUUCGCCGCGCACCAGAACAAUCCUUCACUUUGUCAGGCAUCGGAUUAUUGCGCCGUCAACGCUCACGCCUUCUUUGAUCCCAACACAUCAGCCAGUAAUGCAGGCUCUUUUGUUGAGGGUGUCAUUGCCCCUAUUGCUAAGAAGGCAAAUGGCAAACAAAUCAUCGUCACGGAGUCUGGUUGGCCAUACCAAGGACAGCCCAAUGGCCAGGCUAUCCCGUCGCCUGCCAACCAGCAAACCGCGAUUAAUGCUCUAAAGAGCGCAUUCAGUUCGAAUCCCGGCGGGGUGUUCCUCUUCCAAGCCUACGAUGCGACUUACAAGGCUCCUGGGGCUUUUGGCGUUGAGCAGUUCUUUGGCAUUUAUGGCCAUUAA